CGAUGUUCCGCCCUCUCUCGUCCCCUAAAACACUAACAGGUAAAAUGGCGUCCGAAGUCAGCCAAGAAUCCGUGGAUGAGAAAUCAGCUCUUGUCGAGGCGGAUCCAGAAGAAGACGUGAAUCGCGCCGCGGUGGCGAAACAGUCCAAGUUAACCCUGUACCACUGGACGCAGUCUUUCAAUUCUCAGAAGGUGCGUCUGGCCAUAGCAGAGAAAGGUUUGCGCUGUGAGGAGUACGAUGUGAGCCUGCCGCUCAGUGAACACAACGAGCCGUGGUUCAUGCACCUGAAUCCCACCGGCGAGGUCCCCGUCCUCGUCCACGGCGACAACGUCAUCUGUGACCCGACGCAGAUCAUGGACUACCUGGAGCAGAACUUCAGUGACGAGGGAACUCCCAGGCUGGUUCCUGAAGAGGGCAGUACAUACUACCUCAGAGUGCAGCACUACAGAGAGCUGCUGGACUCACUACAGAUGGACGCCUACACCCACGGCUCCAUCCUCCACCCUGAGAUCACUGUGGACUCCCACAUCCCAGCGUAUGCUGCUACAUGCAUACGAACACAGAUUGGAAACACCCAAACCGAGCUGAAGAAACUGGCAGAGCAGAACCCAGAACUUAAAGAUGCUUACAUCGCAAAACAGAGGCGCUUGAAAUCCAAGUUGUUUGACCACGACAACAUGAAGUACCUGAAGAAGCUUCUAGACGAACUGGAGAGUGUGAUGGACCAAGUGGAGACAGAACUACAGAGGAGAGUGGAAGAAACGCCAGAGGAAGGCAGCCAGUCCUGGCUCUGCGGCGAGUUCUUCAGCAUGGCCGACGUCUCCCUGGCCGUCACCUUACACCGAUUAAAGUUCCUCGGCCUCUCCCGCCGCUACUGGGGCAACGGUAACCGCGCCAAUGUGGAAACGUACUACGAGCGCGUGGUGGAGCGCCCGGCCUUCAGGAGAGUGCUGGGUCACGUCAACAACAUCCUGAUCUCUGCUGUGCUUCCCGUGGCUUUUCGUGUGGCCAGGAAGAACGCACCGGUUAUAGUCGGCACCACGCUGGUGAUCGGCAUCCUGGGAGGAGCUACGUACUUGGCCUUCCUUUACAUGAAGAAGAGGCUGACUGCCCUCAGCUGAGGGAAAGGGAGGUGGUUCAGGACUGAGCACGAAGUUUAAACUAGUGAUGUUCGAUACCACAGAAUUCCUUUCUGAUAGAUGGUAUUGACGAUACCAAUCUAAUAAAUUACUACUAUUAAUUAUUAAGAAGUACUAUAAAAUGAAAACUUACAUCUUAAUUCUGACACUGUGCUCUCUUCUUCUGUCAUAAAUGCCUCGUGUCCUGUGUUGUGGUUUAACCUGAGUUUGUUGUGGUGCCACAACUCAAUAAUUUAGUUACUUUCCACUGUGUUAUUAUAUUACCUUGAAUUUCUGAAGUAUCAAAAGAAUCGAUAUUUUGAUUUGAGAAUUGAUCUGAGAGAAUAAAGACCUGGUAUCGGAAGUGUCGAUAUUUCAGUAUCGAUCUGCGCAUCACUAGUUUAAACACUCUAAAGUUAAAACACAUAGAUUAAUAUGACCAAUUAAUAAACAUCAGUAACAUAACUGAAGUGUUUUCUGUGUCACUGGUAGCUUGAAAAUGCACUUUUGUCCAUCUUUAAUAAGUUCCUGCCGCAUCAUAUGCCAAAUGAUUGACCGUUAGCUACAGAAUGUAAGUGACAGACCUUUAGCUAUAGAUGGUUAGCUACAGAAUGUUAGCUACAGACUUUUAGCUAUAGACGGUUAGCUACAGAAUGUUAGCUACAGACUUUUAGCUACAGACUGUUAGCUACAGACUGUUAGCUAUAGAUGGUAAGCUACGGACUGUUAGCUAUAUACGGUUAGCUACAGACUUUUAGCUACAGACUUUUAGCUAUAGACUGUAAGCUAUAGAUGGUUAGCUACAGAAUGUUAGCUAUAGACAGUUAGUUACAGACUUUAAGCUACAGACUGUUAGCUAUAGACUGUUAGCUAUAGACUGUUAGCUACAGACUGUUAGCUAUAGAUGGUUAGCUACAGAAUGUUAGUUAUCGACGGUGAGCUACAGACUUUUAGCUACAGACUGUUAGCUACAGACUGUUAGCUACAGACGGUUAGCUACAGACUGUUAGCUACAGACUGUUAGCUACAGACGGUUAGCUACAGACUGUUAGCUACAGAAUGUUAGCUACAGACUGUUAGCUACAGACUUUUAGCUACAGACUGUUAGCUACAGACUGUAAGCUAUAGAUGGUUAGCUACAGAAUGUUGGCUAUAGAAGGUUAGCUACAGACUGUUAGCUACAGACUCUUAGCUACAGACUGUUAGCUAUAGACGGUUAGCUACAGACCGUUAGAUGUAGACGGUUAGCAGACCGUAGCUAACAGUUUUUGUGUGAUCGAUCACAUGUAACAUAUCUGGUUUGAACAUAUGCACAAGCUUUGCUUGCAGGUAUGAAAAAUAUGCCAACAUAUAUCUAUACAAACCUAGGUGGCCUACGAAGAGAUGAUGGAUUGAUGAUUGCUUUGUGAAUUAGAAGGGCUGUGAAAGUUUAAAUGGACAGAUUGUUUUUACAGUCUCCAUACGCACCGUUCCUCCCUGGAAAACCUCCGAAUGCAAGAAUCUGUAAACACCAAAGCAAAUUCAGUCUGAGCUGAUAUUGAUGAAACCCGACUAGACAUUCAUGAAUCUUACAUGAAAGACAAAUUGAUCAAUAAAGAAAUCUUUACAUCUACUUACAGUGUCAAACAGGA